GAAGAGCUGACCAAACUAAAAGAAAAUUAGUUGACUUAAAAGCGUAAACGUCUCAAACUCUCCUAAGAUGAAGACAUUCAGUGUUGCAGUUGCAGUGGCCGUCAUGCUCACCUUUAUUUGCAUUCAAGAGAGCGUUGCCACACUCAGUGAAGUGCAAGCGCCGGAGGAGAUGAUGAGCGAUGACAGUCCAGUUGCAGCACAUGAAGAGACAUCUAAGGAAUCCUGGAUGGUGACUCAAGAUAUUCAGGCGCAAGAGAUGGAGGAAAUGAUGUUUACUCCAGUUUCUGCAAAUGAGACAUCAGUGGACUCAUGGAUGAUGCCGUAUAAAAGCAGACAGAAGCGAGGCAUUAAGUGUCGCUUUUGCUGCAGCUGCUGCCGCAACCGUCGCGCUUACUGUGGAUUGUGCUGCAAGUUCUGAGGAUUCCUGCACCAACAACCUCUAAAUUAUCAUUUCUCCUGUUUUUUCACUUGAGCUAUUUUAUUGCUUUGUAUUCAAGGCAUGUAAAAUUAGUUUUUACCAGAUUUGGUCAUGAUGUACUUAAU